GACUCCACACUUAAACUCCACCUGUCCGACGACGACGAAGGGAAGAACCGGCGGAGAGCCUUUUUUUUUUAAUUGUUUCGUGCGAUUUCUUCUUCUUCUUCUUCUUCUUCUCAACUACGACCUCGACAUUCCCUCGCUCAUUUUCUUCUUUCUCCCUGCGAGACCUUCUCUUCAGUUUCUUGUGAUCCCUCGUCGACGAAGAACACGAGAAGAUAUCUGUAGAGAGGGAGAGGGGGAGAGAGAAUAAAGAAACGAAUUCGAAAUUCAAGAGAGAAGAACCAGAGGAUAGAGAAUCAUGGACGAAAAAACCGCACCGGCCGUCGAACCAACUCUCUACGAAGACGAUGAGAACAGCUUGAACAAUGCUUCUUCCACCAAUAAAGACCAUGGCUGGCAGAAGGUUACCUACGCGAAACGCCAGCGAAAGAACAAACCCUCUGACUCCGCCGGCGAUCCCGGCAAAUUCCGCCCCAACGGAGUCGUCGUCGGCGGCGACAACCUCAACGUUUUUCAGUCUCUCGAAGAACAAUCCAAGGAGCGCCGCCGCCGUGUCGAGGCUCAGAAGGCGGCCGCGGCUGCAGCUCUUUCCGAGCCCGUUCCCAAACCGAAACACCAUUCUGACGAUGAUGGCGAUGACAGCGAUGGCGAGGUUGCUGGUGGUGGCGAGAAUGCGGCCAGUGAAGUGAAGAAGCCGAAGCAGAAAAAGCCCAAGAAGCUCAAGGUUACUGUAGCCGAGGCGGCUUCCAAGAUCGAUGCUUCUGAUCUGGCAGCACACCUUGUUGACGUUACUGCUUCAUAUGAAUCGCAGCAGGAUAUUCAGCUAAUGCGCUUUGCGGAUUAUUUUGGUCGGGUAUUCGCUUCAGUUAGCGCAGCUCAAUUCCAGUGGACCAAGAUGCUCAAGGAGUCAACGGUUGCAAAAAUCGCAGAUAUUCCUUUGUCACAUAUUUCUGAGGAUGUUUAUAAGAUCUCAAGUGAUUGGAUAAGUCAGCGAUCUCCUGAUGCCCUUAGUUCCUUUGUCUUAUGGUCACUGGACAGCAUUCUUACUGACCUAGCACAUCAACAAGGUUUUGUUAGGGGCUCCAAGAAGGUAGUUCAUCAGGCACCAUCAAAGUCUCAGGUCGCUAUAUUUGUAGUUUUAGCAAUGGUUCUGCGACGUAAACCUGACAUCUUAAUCAGCAUAUUGCCAGUAUUGAGGGAGAAUGUCAAGUAUCAAGGGCAAGAUAAACUUCCACUUCUUGUAUGGAUGAUUGCUCAGGCUUGUCAAGGAGACUUGGUUGUAGGAAUGUUUGCAUGGGUACAUAACCUCUUGCCUAUAGUCAAUGGGAAAAACUGUAAUCCACAAUCCAGAGACUUGGUCUUGCAGUUAGUUGAAAGAAUUUUGUCUGCCCCCAAAGCUCGGUCUAUUUUAUUGAAUGGUGCUGUCAGAAAAGGGGAGCGGUUGGUGCCACCUUCAGCUUUUGAGAUGUUGAUGCGAAGCACUUUCCCUGCUCCUUCAGCUCGAGUUAAGGCUACUGAAAGGUUUGAGGCAAUAUAUCCCUCCUUGAAGGAGCUGGCACUUUCUGGUGCCCCUGGAAGUAAAGCAAUGAAGCAAAUUUCUCAGCAAAUAUUCAGUAUUGCAGUUCAAGCAGCCGGGGAAAGCACUUCUGAACUAUCCAAAGAAGCAGCUGCUGUUUUUAUCUGGUGUUUGACUCAAAACCCUGAUUGCUACAAGAUCUGGGACAAGAUUUACCUGGAUAACAUAGAGGCGAGUGUUGUCAUUCUGCAAAAGCUGUCUGAUGAAUGGAAGGAGCAUUCUGUGAAACAUUCUUCUCUUGACCCAUUGAAAGAGACUCUCAAGAGUUUCAGACUGAAGAAUGUGAAAGUUUUGGCUAGUGGAGGGGAUGCUGGUGAGCAAGCUUCCAUCAAGGACGCUGACAAGUACUGUAAGGCAAUCUUGGGAAGAAUAUCACGUGGUCAUGGCUGCUUGAAGAGUAUGGUGGUGAUUGGGGGAGUUGCUUUGGCUGUGGCCAUCAUGUCCCCAAGCAUGGAGUUCUGGGAUCUGAGCAAGCUACCUGUAAUAUUCAGUGCUCCAGAAUCCAUCUGAGCAAGUUGGUGGCUAAUGGUGAAUAACAGUAACAAGGCUUUCACAACAUUCGGCAUAGGAAAUGUAAGCAAGUUGGUCCACAAAGUAGGGUCAGCAAAUGAGGUAUCUAUUAUAUAAGACUUGCCAAGUAUCAUUGGCUUAGGGGGAGGAGUAAAAAGCUUCAUGAAAGUACAAAUUGGCUGACAAGAGUAAGGAGUGAUGAUGAGAAUGUUUAGUUCAGGAUUUCAUUUGCCUCUUCUGUCUUGAUUUUUAAUGCAUUAGAUGUAGGAGUUUUUCCAAGUUAAUUAAUUACUUUCUUCUAUACAUGCAAAAAUGAUCUUAUAGAAAUGGUUUCAGACACUGGUGGAACCUAUAUGGUUCAACCCCGAUUCCCUGAGAGGAUUUUCAUGUUUAAUUGUUUCAUUAGUUUAUGUAGAUACUUUUCUUCUUUUCUAC